GCACAAAGUGAAAAUCCCUACGGACGCACAGCCCACUUGAAACCUGACAGUUCACCAUCUUGUUUGUUGAUCUACAAAAAAAAUAAUGUGAAUUAUAUAUGCAGCAAGGACUAACAAAGACGGACGUACCAGAAGAUUUGUUGCACAUCGAAGGACAAUCGCAUACGAUACGCGAUGAUCUCCAGUUUCGUUUCCGAGUGAUUUCACACAAGUAUCCACACCUCAGUGCUGUAGCCCAUACAGAUUGUUUAUUAUGGUGACAAUCACAUCAAUUCCACUAUUAUGGCUGAGGAUAGCAGUCGGCCCCCACAGAAAUCCUACGACUACUUACUGAAGUUCCUGCUGGUCGGUGACAGUGAUGUAGGGAAACAGGAGAUCCUCUCGGAUCUAGAUGAUGGGGCUUCAGAAUCACCUUUCUGCAGUGGCAGUGGAAAGUCUUAUAAAACAACAACUAUACUGCUGGAUGGCAAGAGGGUGAAGCUCCAGCUAUGGGACACUUCAGGACAAGGCAGAUUCUGCACUAUAAUAAGGUCUUAUUCGAGGGGAGCCCAAGGAGUUCUUCUUGUCUAUGACAUAACUAAUAGAUGGUCCUUUGAUGGAUUGGAUAGAUGGCUGAAGGAAGUUGAUGAGCAUGCGCCUGGGGUGCCAAAGGUGCUUGUUGGUAAUAGACUGGAAUUAGCGUUUAAGCGGAAAGUCGGCGUGAAGGAUGCUCAAGCGUACGCCGAUAAAAACAGCAUGGCUUUCUUCGAGAUAUCCCCGCUGUGCAACAAAUUCAAUGUCAUUGAAAGCUUCUGCGAACUCUCGAGAAUGGCCCUCCAAAGGAACGGCAUGGAAAGGCUAUGGAGAUCAAAUAAAGUGUUAAGUUUACAAGAGCUGUGCUGUCGCGCGAUUGUAACGAGGACGACCGUUUAUAGUAUAGAGCAGCUACCAUUACCGACGUGCGUCAAAUCCCACUUAAAGUCGUACGCGUUGACAACGCGAACGCAACUGAGGUACUCGCACAGUCAGAAGAAAAGCCAUUCUAAGAAGCUGAAGCUGCUCACAACCCCGUCAUCGCCGGCCGACAACAGGAGCUGCGUACCUAGAAACAGCUGCUGCAUUUCAUGAUGAACCAAAGACUUGUAAAUUCCCGAAGGAUAUAAAAGACCAGUGUGAAGUGGACUCGAUCAUUAAUAAAUUUGUGGGAAACUGAGUUUCUAUACAAUACGUACCUAUAAUACGUUCUGUCAUAUCAAGACCAACGUUGAUUUCUAUCAAGUCCUACAGGUGCGCGAUAUAUUUAGGUACGUUAAAGGUAUAAAACAGAAGAGAGAGAGUACAAAUAUUAAUGAGACAGUUUAAUUUUUUAUAUGCGUAUAAAAACAAUGACAGAAAAUAAUACUAUAUAUAUAUAUAUACAUACAUAUAUUUUUUUGUUACGUUGUGUUCUGGUUAUACUCGAGAACUAACUAUUUAAAUCUGCAUAUAUAUAUCCUUUUUCUUAUAUGACUAACCGUCCUAUUUACACUAAACUAAUUGAUAUAGCAAUGACUCGUCGUAAACUACUCCACUUGUUCAAAGGCAGCACAUGGGACAAAGAUAUGAAACUGAAUGACCUCAGCUUGCGGCAUCACAGACUGAGACCUAUAGAUUUAGGUGAUUCGUUGUGAAUAAGCGAACGAGUGAUUUUGCAAUAAUUAUUUUCGAUAUGCAAAAAAAAAAGAAUGAGAGAAGAAACAAA